AUUAUCAGAAUAUUUUAGCCUUGCUUUAGAUUACAACUUUUAAAAUACCUUAUAAUUUGAUGUUAAAAUGGAAAAUUUUGAGGAAGGGCAUUGUAGGUUAUGCCUCAGUGUUGUAAAUGCUAAACAUUUUGAGGAAAUAGAAGACGUCACAAGGAAUACUUUAGAAGUUCUACUGAAGUUGAAUUUUGGCGAAGGAUGCAAAUAUAUGAUGUGUCACAUUUGUUCACAGAAGGUAACGGAAGCAUUCAAAUUUAAGUCGAUGUGUCUCAAUACCAAUAACACCUUGAUUGCUUAUAUCACUAAUGAAACAAGAUGUGUUGACUUAAAAGAAAUUUACGUAAAAGAAACAAAAAACAAGCACUUAUUGGAUAAAUUAGAGGAUCACAAGGUUUGCAGGUUAUGUAUGCAGCUUACAGGCGAAUUUAUAUCAAUUCAUGAAAUGGAGAUUGGCAUGAUCGAGAAGUAUCUUCCAGAAAUAAAUUUCGUUAUCAUUGAAGAUUCCGUCGUUUGCAGACAAUGUUUUGAUUCCUUCAAUACUCACAGUAGUUUCAUAAAAAAUUGCUUAGAAAUAGAGGAAAAAAUUCAGAGUAUUCAUAAUGCAGAAGCCCUCGGUAAUCUAGCACGGAUGCCAGAUUCAUACAUAAAGAUUGAGGAGGUCAAUAUAAAGACUGAAAUAAUCGAACAGGAAGAAGAAUUGUAUUCUACUGUACCAAAACUUGAAGAUACAAAGACAUUGAUUAAAACGGAACAGAAAGAAUUAAAAUCGGAAGAUCUUGAGAAUAGCGGAACUUCAAAUACUUCUACCUAUAAAUUAGAGCUUGAAGAAAUUUCUGAAGUAGAAGAAAAUAAUUCUACACCUAAGAAAUACUUAAAGCACAAGAAAAACAUGAUCUAUAAAAAUACAGACACACACACAGAAGAGCAAGUGUACAAGUGUGAUUUGUGUGAUUAUGAAUCCAAAUAUAAUUACAAUCUUAAGACCCAUCAGUUAAGACAUGCGGACUCCUCCGAAGUACGAAUGUACAAGUGUAAUUUGUGUGAUUUUAGAACCAAAUACAAACCUAACCUUACGUCCCACCGGUUGCAACACGUGGACCCUUCAGAAUUGCAAUUGUACACAUGUGACUCAUGUGAUUUUACUACCAAAGACAAAUACAGACUUAAGGCCCAUCAAUUAACACAUGCGGACCCUUCGGAAGUGCGGAUGUACAAGUGCGAUUUUUGUGUUUUUGAAACCAAAUAUAAGGAAAGUCUUAAUGUCCACCAGUUGAAACAUGCGGACUCUUCAGAACUGCAAUUUUACAAGUGUGAUUUGUGUGAAUUCAAGACCAAAAACAAAUACAAACUUAAGCCCCACCAGUUGAAACACGCCGACCCUUCAAAAGUGCGGCUGUACGAGUGUGAUUGGUGUGAUUUUACCACCAAAUAUAGGAACAGUUUUAAGCUUCAUCAGGAGAAACAUGCAGAUCCCUCGGAAAUGCAAAUGUACACGUGUGAUUCAUGUGAUUUUACCACCAAAAUUAAAUGCUCAUUUAAACGUCACCAGUUGACACACGCGGAUCCUUCAGAAAUGCAAAUGUAUAAGUGUGAUUUGUGCAAUUUUAAGACUAAAUACAAGAACAACCUUAGGACCCACCAGUUGCAACAUGCAGGCCCUUCGGCACUGCAAAUGUACACGUGCGAUUUAUGUAAUUUUAAGAGCAAAUAUAAGGACAAUCUUAAGAGUCACCAGUUGAAACAUGCCGACUCUCCAGAGGUACCUACAUAUGAGUGCGAUAUGUGUGAGUAUAAGACCAAAAUCAAGAACAAUUUCAUAUGCCACCAAUUAGUACACAAGAACUCUUCAGACGUGCAAACAUACAGAUGUAAUUCAUGUGAUUACGAGACUGACAGAAAGGACCUUCUUAAGCUUCACCAGUUGAAACACUCAACAGUGCCAAUGCACCAAUGCGAUUACUGUGGUUUUAGUACCAAAUAUAAGAACAAUCUCAGGACCCACCAGCUGAAACACGCAGACCCCUCAGAAAUACGAAUGUAUAAGUGUGAUUUGUGCGAUUUUAUGACUAAAAAUAAGUACAAACUUAGACCCCAUCAGUUGAAACAUGUGCUUACAAAACCAAAAAUAGAAAAUACUUAAACCCCUAUUGAUAGAAUUUCAGGACUGUGGUCAAGACAAAUUGGGGAAAUAAAAGGUAUCCUGAAAGUAAUACAGGAUUUGAAUUGUGCGACAUUUUUGUGCUGCAUUUUGUCUAACCACAAUAUGUUUACUUCAACAUGUGAUCCUGAACAAUGCUGCCAACUUCUCAUAUUGAAUAUGGCACACAAUUCUACCUGUGCUUUACUUUUGGGACACCCUUUACAAGUAUAACAAGUGUCAAUGAAAAGCAAGCAUAAUUAGAUAAUCUAUGAAGGCCCUUCUAAGGCUAAGGUAUAAAUAUGCACAUGCAGUGAAUAUGUUCCAAGGCGAAAUGUAGGCAUUGUCUUAAGCAGUGUGUCAAUGAGAAAAGCAAGAAUAUACAAAUGAAGGGUUACAUGGGAUAAAGUACCAUCUAAAAUGUCCAAAUAACAGUACAUAAAGGCUUAAUACUUCCUCUGUA